AUUUCCCGCCAUAUAAUCUCUCUUUUUCUCUUCCAUUUCCCCCAAUCCCCAAACCCUAAUUCUUCAACUGAACCCUUAGCAAACCUCCGGCCGAUUGCAUAAAAGAGAGUAGAAAAUGCAAUCGCCGAUACGCCAUGAUCGGAAAAGAAAGCAAGGAGGAAGCAGAAGCAGUUCCAUUAUGGAAGGUCAGUUCACUCGGAGCAAAUCUCAGAUCUAUUUGCAUUGUAACAGGUCGGGUCGAGUUCGGGUUGAUUCGACCCGAUUCAAGCGCUCCCAUCACCAGCUCCGGCAACUAGACCCACCUGUGAAGAAACCCAAAAGGAUAUUUGUACAGAAUCCAGAAGUUUCUUCGGAUCUCUGUGAAAUGUCACGGACACCCAUCAAGGAUCUUCGUGCUCGAAGGGUGUUCUCUCCAACUGCUUCUAUUGUUAUAGAAAAUGAUGAGAAUUUGAAGAAAGGUGAAUUCAAGGAGAAAAAUGGAGGUGGGUUUGAGCUAAAUGUCGAAAAAGGUGAUGAAACUGGUAACGAGAAUGUAGGAGUUGGUAAUAUUGGAACUGAGAGUAAUGGAAAUAGGGGCAGUAGUGGUCGAAAUUCGAUUGAGCUUUCUAGCGGAAAUGUGUCCAUUCCGAAGAGUAAUUCAGCUGUGAGUUCGAGUUUGCGUAGGAAGGUGUUCAUAGCUCCAAGCUCAUAUAGCUACAGAAGAUUGCUGCCAUAUGUGAUGGAUGCUUCGAGGGAGUAUUCUGAUGUUUCAGAAAUUGAGACACGUGAUACAUCAUCCAAGUUCAAUUAUCCAACUUUGAGUUAUCUGAAACCUCAUUUACGUUCAACGGCUAGUAAUGGUUCUGCUUCUGUAGACAAACAUGUUGGUGCUAGUUCUGAUGUCAGUGAGCCACUAGGGAGUGUUGAAGGUCAGAAGAUUGAGGUCAAUGUAUCAUGCAACCCGCAAGAUCUCAAUGAUGUCCCUGAUGUUUUGAGCCAGACUCGAGUAGAGCCUCGAGUGUUUGCAAAUGCAGAAGGACUUGAUCCUGAGGUAUUGGAAGAAUGUGUCCAGACAACGCCACCUGAUGCUGACAUUUUCUUAAAAGCUAACAUGAGUGACUUGGGAGUCAGCAUAGAUCAUAAUGCUCAGCAGAUGGAGAAAAAAUGUGCAGGUCAUCCAUCAGAUACUAGAAAUGGCUGCACUGUCAGGAAGCCUACUUUGACUCCUGGGAAAAAUGGCAGUGUCUUGAGAAACAAAUUGGCUCUAAAUCCUUGCUCUAGGCUGACAAAGGUGUUCAAAGCCGCAGGCUCUGUUAGCUACAGAAGACUGCUUCCAUUUCUGAUGGAUGUUGCAAAAAAUGAUCCUGGAGGAGCUUCAAGUGAAAAUGGACUCCCUAAAUUUCGGAGGGACUUGGAAUGCAACCGACCUUUGAUCACUGUGACUAAAGAAGUUCCUAGGAACAAAGAAUAUUCUCCCAAAAAAGAUGAAAUCAAAGAACAGGAGACAAAGUUACUGGAACCGAACUGCACCUUAGCCAAUGGCAUGAGUGAUCACUUGAAUACUUGUAUCACAAUGGAAGUUUCAAGCUCUGCUGCUGAAUUGUUCAAUAAGAUGCCAAGUUCAGUGUUUCCUGAUGACGAUGCCAAUCCCCAGACAUUACUUAAUGUGGAUAUCACAAGAAAAUCAGAAACUGAGGGUACUGAUGCAAGUAAUUCAGAAAAGUCGGAAUCAGAAUGUCUCAAUAAUUUUAUUACUGGAGCAAAUUUUUCAGGAGUAUUGUCAAGCUACAAUGUAAGUCCUAAAACCUCAGCUGGACAAUACAAUAUCCCAAACCUCUUGCCGAUCAGUCUUGAAGAUUUGCUAAGUGAAUACGGAGUAGAGGAUCCAAAAGUUGAGCCUGUUAGUCCUGAAGGAGAUUGCAUGACUUUGGAGGUAGAUUGUACUGAAGAAAAUAAGAAUUGUGGUGAUCUGACUGACACUGUAGGAAUUCAUGCAAAUGCUAGUGAGUCUCUAAAGAAGAAGCUUUUCCUCAAGAUAUCAGAACCUGAUACUAUCAAUAAUGAAAGCAGCUGCGAUGCUUUGCUGGUAGAUCGCAACGGAGACAGUGGAGGGCUCGACACAGUUGCUUUGAUCAAAGCAUCUUCCUCAACUGAACCAUCAGAUCUUUCAGGAUAUGGUAAUGAUGGUCCAACCAAAACCCUAUGCAGUGAGUCCAUACAAGAAAUCUCACAAUCUGAGCCUAUUGGUUGUCGAAGAGACUGCAUAGGUGUUGAUGAUAAUCUAAACAAAAAUGGAUGCCUUGAACCAGCUAUUUGUCUCCAGAAAUCAACUCAGACCGAAUUAUCAUAUGAUCUGGUUAGUCAUCCUGAUGUUCUCAACAAAGGAAUAUUAAAGAGAAAUCCUAGGGGAUGCAGAGGUCUGUGUAACUGUCUGAACUGUGCAUCAUUUCGCCUGCACGCUGAGAGAGCUUUUGAAUUUUCUAGAAAUCAGAUGCAAGAUACUGAAGAAGUUUCUUUGAGAUUGAUGAAGGAGUUGGCUGAUAUGCGGGUUUUCUUGGAGAAGCGCCUUUCUACUGAAUACAACCUUGCUCCUAUCCCACUUACUCAGCUCGAGGUUGAUGAAGCAUGUACGAAAGCAUUGGAAGCUGAACAACGAGCAAAAGAACGCCUUAGCCAAAUGAACAAUGAACUCACCUAUCACUGCAGAGUCCCGUCCUUGUACCGGCCAAGAGUGACAUUUGCCACUUGUAAUGAAGAAAAAGCUGUUGCAAAGAUAGAAUCAUCUAGUUCAAAAGCAGGGACAAAACGUGCCCGAAAGAAGCAUCACAGAGCUUAGCUCCCUGCUUAUGUUAUCAAAUUUGACUUGUAGAUACGUGACAGUCCAGAAAUAUAUUUUUAUGAUUGAAGCUAUAACUCUUGACUUCUUCAGAAAUGAGAUUAUUUACUUCUUUUGUCA